AUGAAAUUAUGGCGAUCAUCGGCACACCAAAUUCUCAUCUCAACAAACUGUACUAUGACUUCUUAUCGCACCUUUUGCCGUUCCAUAUACGUCACCUGUCAAAUCAACACAACAAUUGCAAUGUAUCAACAUCAAAACACCCCAAUUAUGGCUCAACCAAAGAAUUCCAUGAUCGUAUUUCCAGCCGUUCUCGCUAGUCAAACUUUACACGCUAUGCUUUGUUCGAAUUGUCUUGUAGACAUGACCCACUUCCAACUUUUAAUUGUCUGGAAUGUCCAGCUCACCUUCGCUGAUGAGGCGUUGGAUCUCCGUCGGGGCCUCGCCGUUGACCGUGCAACCUAG